AUGACUUGCCUUGUUUGGACGAGAGAGCGCGACAUCUACAAAGAAGCGUUCAGGACAGCGUCUCUGCAACGGCGACUCAUGCAAGGAGACAGUACUGACAUACGGGAAUGGGGCAUACAUAGAAGUCGACGGAACAAAGCGAUGAAGAUAUGGAUGGCGUUGAGGCUGAAUGGAUUAGAGGGCUUCCGCUACCAUCUAAAUAAUCACUCUUAUGCAGGCAGUGGAAAUGUGCGUUUACUUCGAAUCUCUGGUUGCCACACAUCCUUUGUUGAGGAUCUUUUCUCGAAAACUUGCGAUUUUCACGUCUUCUACGAGGAGCCAGGAUGCAGUAAGGAGGACAACAACUCCUACACAGAAAAUCUAUGUCAGUUCAUAAACCAGUCUCAUAAGCUCUACGUAACUCACACUAAGCGCUCAAGCUUUUUCGUACCGAGUACCAUCGAUACAGAUCUAAUUCGUGUUUCGAUCUCUUAUGGACGUACCAAUAAGGAUGUGAUCGAUGAAUCAUGGAAAAAUAUGAAAGCGCUCGUGGACGAGUUCAAAAACCGAAAAGAUGAUCCCUAUCUCCUGCAUACGAAAAUGGUGGGACCGCUACCUCCGAAUAGGAAGCCAUUCCGACCUCAGAGUGUGGAAUAUGUGACUAUACCUCCUGCUUCCGAAACUAAAUUAGCAGUAAGUACACCACCUUCCAUUCAGAGGCUCAGUUUUCAA